CAAGACACUCCUUUUAGAACUGAAGACUACAUCUCUUGAGGAAACUAUAGGGUUACAGUCUCUCCCUCUGCUUCUAGGAGGACAGGCAGACUCCAAACAAACAAAAGACACAUUGACCCUAAAUGCAACACUACUGAUAUCUCCGUGGGAUGCUGCAAGAAUAGAUACAGACUGUAUAACAGAGUGUGAAAACACCAACAUUUGAGGUUUCCGGGAAGCACAAAACUUUACCAAUGGCUGAAGUGACUACAGUAGCACUUAAUGACUCUGGCAUCAAACGCUUCCACUGCCUCUCAACUCAGGACCUGGUGGCCAGUGUACUCCCUCCGAUUUUGAUCUUGGAGCUUCUAGUGGGCCUCCCAGGCAAUGUAGUGGCCCUGUGGAUCUUCACCUGUCGUCUGAAGAUAUGGAGGGUCAACACCCUGCUCCUCUUCAACUUAGUCCUGGCAGACUUCCUACUGCUCAUCUGCCUGCCUUUCCGCAUCGACAACCUGUUCCGGGGGGAACACUGGGUGUUCGGCCAGUUAUGGUGCCGGAUCAACCUCUUCAUGCUGGCGGUCAACCGAUCAGCCAGCAUCGCCUUCAUGACCAGCGUCGCCUUCGACCGCUACUUCAAGGUGGUCCACCCUCAUCAUAGGAUCAACCGCAUGACGUCCACUCAGACAGGGUGGUUAGCGUUCGGCAUCUGGGUUAUAGUGAUCUCCCUGCGUAUCCCUCUGCUGUGCACCAACCUCCUCAAGGAGCACGGCAACAAGUCCCUGUGUCGAAGCUUCAGCUCCUACACGAAGCCGCCCCUGGCCAUUCAAAUCCACACCACAGUGUUCAUCUGGGAGUUCUUUGUGCCCCUGGUGCUCCUGCUUUUCUGCUCAGUUAGGAUCGCCUUCAUUCUGCGCCAACGUCAGCUGGACAAGGGGCAGAAGGUGAAGCGGGCCAUCCGGGUAGUCGGCCUUAUCGUGACUGUGUUUGUACUGUGUUUUUUCCCCGGAAUUGCUACAGGACUGGCUUCGGUCUUCAUCAUGAAGUAUAGACCUUAUGACUGUGAUUCUUAUAAUUUAGCAUCUCAGCUCUUCAGCCUGUCCAUUGGAUUCACCUACCUUAACAGUGCCUUGGAUCCAGUCAUUUACUGCUUUUCCAGCUCCAUGUUCCGAAACUCCCUGAAGAGCUCCAUCAACCAGCUGGGCUUUGUGGAAAUGAGGCUUAGUCGACGGGGAAGUAUGACCAGCGAUGGUUGAGGGGCCUAAGGAAGAGCCCCUAACCACUCACCACAGCAAUUUCCUUUUGGAGAAUCUUGAAUCAUGAAAAACGAGUGCAGUUUUUGUUGCCAUCUUAAGUGCCGGUCCAAUUUAGAAAAUGGACCCUUGAUUUAGCUUGAGAGGACCUCAUUGCUGACAUGAAAAACAUAUUCAAAACAUAUCUUUUGAAUUUGGGAGGUUGAGUGUUUUUAAUUUGGGAGGUUGAGUGUUCAUGCCUAACAGGUCUUAUGAUGCAGGUUUUAGCUAAUAACAAUAUACAUGAUAUAAAUCUGUCAGUCAAAAGCAGGGGAGAUAGGCCUCCACUCCUAGACCCUACAAAUGUUUAAGGCUUACCAAAGUACUUCCUUUUUUCUUGUAUACAGAAAAAAAUACCCUCAUUAUCAGUAGGAGUUUUGCAAUCUAUUUGGUCAACAAUUCCACAUGCAUCACCUGAACAGACUAUUUUAAAAAAUCACACAGAAGAUAAUUUAGACUUAAGCGUUAGGACAGAACUCACAACAUAGAGUUAGACGUAGGGCUAGGCAUAACCUAUUAGGUUUAGGCAUUCAUUUAUAGCUAGCCAGCUAAACAAGCAGCAUUGCAAAUGCUAUCUAAAUUUGUUAUCUAAAUUUAUUAAUUCAAGUGACAUUUUGAAAGAAAAGUGAGGCUGGUUAUGGAAACCCUGGAAGUAACAGUGAGGGUAAACAUGUAACACUGCUGUAAAAAAUUAUUAGUAAUUGAGGAUUUCCCAAAGCCAUCCAAAUUAAAGUCAGCAGUAACUUGACUGAAGGUAACAUUCACAAUGUACAAGGUUAGAUGAAUAUAUAUUUGUUGCUGCAUGUUUAUUGCUAGCUAGCUUGAUAGGCACUGUACAGCAACUAACAAUAGCUAAUGCAACAUCAUAGGUUGAAAAAAGGUACAGUCACAAUUUGAAACAUUUUAUUUGAAGAUACAGUACUGAAUGCUUUAAUUGUGUGUGUUACAUACAACCUUUGAUUAAUAAGUAAGAGGUUGUGUUGUUUCAUGAAUAUAGUCACACAAGAUAAUUUGGUUGCCAAUGUUAACCAGUUCUGAACUUGAGGUACUUAAUGAUGGAGGGCUGGAAUGGGCUAGCUUGAAAUGUCACAUCCUGAGGAAACAAUUAGUCAACUGUCUAUCCAGUUUCCAUAUCUACAUAGGGAUGGGUUAGUUAGCAAUCAUGUUAUUGAUGGGAAAUCAAGGCUUUUAUUUUUGCUUGCGUUGAAAAAAGUUUUUAACAUAGUGCACAGUAGUGACAUCUGCUGGUCAGAAGUUAAUAACGGUAAGUAUGUUGGUUACAUAGACAUCUUUAAGACAUUUAAAAUGUGACAGAAAAAGCUAAAAUUAAUUAUAGGAGAAUGAAAAGCAAAAUACAACUUACAACAGUUACGACAUGAGACACAAAGCUCAACAAGGUCCUCUAUUUGUUGAGGGACAAUAAAAAGUACUGUAGGCCAAUCCUAUCCCAAUGUUUGAUUCUGAUUAGGCUACUUCAAAAGUCCUCUCUGUGCAUCCUUGUCCACUCCACUCAUAAUCCUAGCAUUAAAACUGUUUAUUGGCCAUUUGAUAACUGAACAGACAUAUAUGUGGCACUAUAGGACUGGCAAGCCAACCCAUUCAGUACUGGUUAUGGGGGGAUAUAUGAAUCUGAAUGGCACUGACUGUCCCAUUACAACAAGUUGAAGUGGUCAAUAUCCAUUAAUAUGUAAUGUUGUUUAUGGUCAAAUAUUUUAUUUUUCUUUCUUUUAUUUAUAAAUGGUGGAUGAUAUGCAAUUGUUGAGUUUUUCACAAUUUAAGAGGAGGGUCAAGUAUUAGUGCUAUGUGGAGGGAAGGGGGCGUGAUUGUUGUGGAAAAUACUAAAUUCUUCCUGCCAAAAAGAUGCAGACUCAGGAGCUUGUAAAUCCAAAAGACUUUAAUGAAGGAUCAAAAAAGCUGAGUUGGUCUGCCGAACAACUGUCUUCCCAACCUCGGACAAUUUUAUACAGUACCAUCUGGCAUGACGUUACAUUGCCAUAUUUUUAUGCUAAUCCCUUGGGCGGAUCUUCUCUGAUCCGUCACCAUUAUUUCUCAUCUUUCUGGAAUCCACCUAACAAAUAAUUGCUGUUAAAUAUUGGUGGCACAGGUCCUGAAAAACCCAUACAAAUAAUAGAGCCAUUAUGGCCCCUUGAGUUUAAUAUAUUCAAUGGUAGCUUGAUUACUUCCAAUACAAAAUGUAUAAAUUGUAUAUUGAUGAUUACACAGUUUACCAUGAGUUUACCAUAGUGACUAGUUGUACAGUAUGUGUGUGAUUAAGAUAAUUAUACAUUAUUUUCUAUGUGAGUAUACUGCUUUUUUAUGCAAAAUCCCCUAUAUAUUUCAUUUUGGACACCUUCAAAUUGGUCAAUUCCUCGCAUUGUAAAUGACCAUCUGUCCCUUAAGAAAGAAAUCUCAUGACUGUUAAUCAAGUGAAGACAAGCCUGUGGAAUUUUGCAACCAUAAACAACCUUUUUUUGUGUAAAUUGACAUUCCAUUGCUGUGUCUUGACUUGAAUGAUAUAAAACAAAGGUGUAAAACUGUGAUAGGACAAAGAGAUUUCAUUCCUCUUGAAUUGCUUUCAUUUGAAAUAAAACUAUAAUAACCUGAUGUCGUAGAAGGGCCAUGCUGAUUUUCCAAUAUAUUGUCUUAAAAAUAAACCAUCACGUUUAUUGUAGAUACACUGUGCGUAAGCCAUUCAAUCAUGUUUUGGUGUUGUUCAACUCUCUAGUAUUUCAAGAUUUUUGUUUGUAAGUAUUCAUUUGUGAUGUCUUUUAUAUUGCAUCAGUGCUUUCUCAAUAGUUCGAACACAGCAACUGAAGGCACAAAAACAUAGUUCAGGAACCUGUAAUGUGUUGAAUAUUUGUUUUUAAUUUGUGCCUUCAGUUGCUGUUAUUUUUACUGUUUGUAUUUUUGUUUGUAAUAUCUACAUGUUGAUGUUUUCUAAAACAAUAAAAAUAUGCUAUGUCUUUAUCAAUGAAGAAUUGAUAAAUAUGUUAAGGUUUACGCACAUAUAGGCACAGCAACAGAUAAUAAACAGUUGCAUUAGGAUA